AUGUCAUCCACCGAUUCCAAUCCACCAAAACUUGAUAUCAAAUAUACACAGAUCUUUAUCAACAAUGACUGGCACAAAGCAGUCAAAGGAAAAACAUUUCCCGUCAUCAAUCCAAGCACAGGCGAAGAAAUCUGUCAAGUAGAAGAAGCUACCAGAGCUGAUGUUGACAAAGCUGUAGAAGCUGCUCGCAAGGCUUUCGAUGUAGAAUCGCCAUGGCGUAAACUAGAGCCAGCUGCACGUGGUAAUCUGAUGCGCAAGUUUGCACAACUACUUCGCCGUGACAUCGAUUAUUUAUCGAAAUUGGAAACACUCAACAACGGUAAACCUGUAGGAAAUAGUGAAGGCGACAUUUACUCGGCAGCUAACUGUAUCGACUAUUAUGCUGGAUGGACCGAUAAAAUUGUUGGUGAGACGAUUCCAGGAGCACAUGAUCAAGUGAUUUUCACUCGUCAUGAGCCAAUCGGUGUAUGUGGUCAAAUCAUUCCAUGGAAUUUCCCGAUAGCCAUGAUGGCUUGGAAAUUGGGUCCAGCUUUGGCAUGCGGUAAUGUCAUUAUCCUGAAACCAGCUGAACAAACUCCGCUUACUGCACUCUAUUGUGCUUCCCUUAUUAAAGAAGCUGGCUUUCCUCCAGGCGUGGUUAAUAUCAUUCCAGGCGAUGGCCCUGAAUGUGGUCAUGCUAUUGCAGCUCAUGAACAUAUUGAUAAAGUAGCAUUCACUGGCUCGGUUGAAGUUGGUAAAAAAGUGCAAGAAGCUGCAGCUAAAUCGAAUCUCAAACGCGUUUCACUUGAACUAGGUGGAAAAUCACCCUUGAUCAUUUGUGAAGAUGCCGACAUUGACUAUGCUGCUGAAGUCGCUCAUAUGGCACUCUUCUUCAAUGCCGCUCAAACAUGUACUGCCGCUUCUCGUACAUAUGUUCAUGCGAAGAUCUAUGAUAAGUUCAUUGCUAAAAGUAUUGAACUAGCCCAACAACGUAUUGUCGGUGAUCCAUUUGACUCUAAUACCGUACAAGGUCCACAGAUUAAUGAAAGUCAAUUCGACAAGAUAUUAGGUUACAUCGAAUCCGGUAAGAAAGACGGUGCCAAAUUGGAAUGCGGUGGUGAACGCGCUGGUAGCAAGGGUUAUUUUAUCAAGCCUACGAUCUUCAGUGAUGUCAAAGAUGACAUGCAAAUCGCUCGUGAAGAAAUCUUUGGACCUAUAAUGUCAGUACUAAAAUUUGACUCGUAUGAUGACGUUAUCAAACGAGCUAAUGAUUCCACCUUUGGUUUAGCAGCUGGUGUCAUAACAAACGAUUUGACACGUAGCAUGAUGUUCGCCCAAAGAUUACAGGCUGGAACGGUGUGGGUAAAUACCUAUCAUAGUGUAAGCAACCAAGCUCCAUUCGGUGGCUUCAAACAAUCCGGACAUGGCCGUGAACUGGGCAAAUACGGUCUUGAAUCAUACUACGAAGUGAAAACAGUUGUUGUCAAACUCUUUUGUGACCUGUAUAACCGAAAAGCUGAGGAAUAG